AGCAUAGCUGAUAGGUGAUAGCACCUCCAUCCAAAUUAAUGGCCGAUGAGGAGGUUGGCAGCGCCACAACGACUCAUUAAUGCACUUCCCAUGGCACGUUACCCCUCUACUCAUCAAACACAACUGUCUCCAACUCUGCAUAUUCACUCACUCACUUUAUAGCCCCUCCCCAACACCUAUAUAUACUAUACAUACAACCCAUCAUUCACAAACAACUUCAUUUCCUUGAAUUUGGGUCACCUUAGUUUCUCAUCUGUUCUGUUCUGUGCAUGCAUUUCUCAUUCUUGUACUCUUUUUGACACUUGGUGCUCUGCCUGCGUUUCUGUAUAGUACAACCUUUGGUUUGGGGGAGUUUUUUGACUUUUUGGCUCAGUUUUUGUUGUUCCACACACGCAAAGGUUGGUCUGUUUGUUUGGUUUCUGGAAAAUUUUGCCCUUUUCUCCUUAAUUUAUUCUGGGAUUUUUAUCUGUUGGGUGGAUGAACAACCUCAGACGGACGGACAUUACAAAGCUGCUGCAUAACAGUGUUUUCAGGUUCUGAUCCUUAAAUUAGUACUUCGCAUGUUUUAAUUUGUUGUUAUACCCAUCAUCUUUUUACUGCAAUUUGUCGUUUAUUUCUUGGAUUUUUAGGAGGAGGGAGAGAGGUAAUACUGUAUUUGGUGGGUUUGAGAAACAAAGUGGGGCGAGAGAGAGAGAGAGAAAGAGAAACAAGUUGGGAGAUUAGUUCAAGUUUAGGUGAAAAUUCUACUAGUAAAAAGAUUUCUGUCCUGUAGUGAUCUUAACUUGCAAGGAAAAAUAUGGUUAUACGGAAAUGAAAGAAAGGAAUUAAAAAAAAUAUCAAUAUUUUGAAGGCAUUUGGUAUAAAUUCAUUCCUCUGGGAACUGGGAGUUUGCCUAAUCAUAAUCAAGAUUGGUUUUUAUUUUUUGAUUUACUGUUUGAGAUUUGAGCAUAGUGAGAUUCUUGUGGAGAGGGUAGCUCGUUUCGAGGGCAAUCUUGUGUGGAAAAUUGUAGUUUGAGAAAGAUUUUCCUGGUAGAGGCCUUGUAGUUUUGGAGUAUUAGUUGAAGAAUUGGUGUUAAGGUUUGAGACAAUCAAGAUGGUUGGUAGUAUUGAGGUGAAAAAUGGGAAUGUGUAUGCUAAUGGGGGCAUACAUGGCCACAAUGGUUCAGAGGAGAAGCUCGAUGAACUUCGACGAAUUCUUGGCAAGGUUGAUGGUGAUUUGCUGAGGAUUGUUGGCAUUGGAGCUGGUGCUUGGGGCACUGUGUUUGCAGCUUUGCUUCAGGAUAGCUAUGGCCAAUUUCGGGAUAAGGUUCAAAUUAGGAUUUGGAGGAGGCCGGGAAGAGCUGUUGACAGGGCGACAGCUGAACACUUAUUUGAGGUGAUCAAUUCAAGGGAGGAUGUGUUGAGGAGGCUGAUCAGGCGUUGUGCGUAUCUCAAGUAUGUCGAGGCAAGAUUGGGCGACCGUACGCUCUAUGCUGACGAGAUUUUGAAAGACGGCUUCUGCUUAAACAUGAUCGACACGCCUCUUUGUCCUUUGAAGGUUGUCACCAACUUGCAGGAGGCUGUUUGGGACGCUGACAUCGUGGUGAACGGGCUACCUUCAACGGAAACACGCGAGGUGUUUCAAGAGAUCAGUAAGUAUUGGAAAGAGAGAUUGACAGUCCCGAUCAUCAUUUCGUUGGCAAAGGGUAUCGAGGCUGAACUUGUACCAGCUCCCCAUAUAAUUACACCCACGCAGAUGAUUAAUCGGGCAACUGGAGUGCCUAUAGAGAAUAUCCUAUACCUUGGCGGUCCAAAUAUUGCCUCAGAGAUUUACAAUAAGGAAUAUGCUAACGCCAGGGUCUGUGGAUCUGAAAAAUGGAGAAAGCCACUUGCAAAGUUCUUGAGACAGCCUCAUUUUAUUGUUUGGGACAAUAGUGACCUGGUGACUCACGAAGUUAUGGGAGGUCUGAAAAAUGUUUAUGCAAUUGGAGCUGGAAUGGUAGCUGCAUUGACUAAUGAGAGCGCUACUAGCAAAUCUGUAUAUUUUGCUCACUGCACAUCAGAAAUGAUAUUUAUCACCCAUCUGUUAACUGAAGAACCCGAAAAGCUUGCAGGGCCUCUGCUAGCUGACACUUAUGUGACCUUACUAAAAGGUCGUAAUGCAUGGUAUGGCCAAAUGAUAGCCAAGGGAGAACUGAGCCUGGAUUUGGGUGACAGCAUUAUUGGCAAAGGGACAAUUCAGGGAGUUUCGGCUGUUGGAGCAUUUUAUGAACUUCUGAGUCAAUCAAGUUUAAGUGUAUUGCAUCCAGGAGAGCACAAACCAGUUGCUCCGGUUGAGCUCUGCCCCAUUUUGAAGACAUUAUAUAAAGUGCUUAUAACAAGGGAACAAGGGGUGCAGGCUAUUCUCCAAGCACUGAGGGAUGAAAACUUGAAUGAUCCCCGUGAUCGAAUAGAGAUUGCACAAAGCCAUGCAUUUUACAGGCCUUCGCUCCUUGGACAGCCUUGAGGUACCGCAUUUAGAAACAUGGAUCGGAGUAACAACAAAUGUACAGAUUGUCUUCCAUGGAUGCAUGGCUCCAUGCUGAACAACAAUCUAAAUCUUCUAUACUGAAUUUAUUAUAACCACAGGUCUUACUCUUGUGUGUGUCUCCCCCUUUAGAUAUGUGAUACCAUAAUAUGUUUAAGCAGGCAGAUCCCUGCUUGUUAAAAUAAUCUGCAUCUAUCAUAUCAUUUGUUCAACAUAAGAAGUUUGUGCAGUAGUUUCUGCAUUUGUAAUUUAUGCUUUAAUCUUAUGAUCUUGCAAAAAUAGGCUAAGUCAAUUGAAGCAUGUGCCUCAUUUCAAUUAA